AAUCAACCAAUGAGAGUGUGAAACACAUUUGGUCAGCCAAUAGCAGUGCAAAGCGGUAUCGCAUUAUUAGUGUGUUUUGUUGUGUCGAUUGUAUUAAUGAUAGCAUUAAUGACAUUGAAUUAGAAAAUAUUGAUUAUAUUGACUGUCAUUACGUUAUAUAUGAUUACAAUUAGUGGACAUCUGUUUGAACAAUGGAUUUAAGAGAAGACCUUCCGUUCAGAACUGAGUACUCAAAGAGUGGUCGCGCGGGUUGUAAGACAUGUAAGACUAAUAUACCCAAAGAUGUCAUCCGUAUGGCUGUUAUGGUUCAGUCGCCCUUCUUUGAUGGCAAGUCUCCCAAUUGGCAUCACUUCGACUGCUUCUUCAAGAAAUAUAGACCAAAAGGAGUCGAAGAGAUCGCCCAUUUCGCUAAUCUUAAAUAUGAAGACCAAAAGCGUAUUGAGUCGGCCAUUGAAAAGGUUGGUAGCGGUGAACAAUCGACAACCGCUUCCAAUGCAAGCGAUGGCAAGAAGAAAAGUCGCAAGAAAAAGGCUACUGAAGAUUCGGUUGCUGUGGACACUAAUGGCACAGAUAUUAAUGAGUUUAAGGUAGAGUACGCUAAGACUAAUCGAUCGAAGUGUCGUUUAUGUGAGAAUACCAUCAAAAAGGAUACGAUUCGGAUCAGUCGUUUAGAUCGAGACUCUGAAGACGCCCGAAGAUUUGGACCACUUGAUCGUUGGUUUCACGUCGAGUGCUUUGUUAGCGCUCGAGUAAAUCUAAAGUUCUUCACUACAGCCGAUAAGUUGCCAUUUUUUUCGGGUCUAGAGGAAGAAGACAAGAAAUUACUAAAGAAAAAGUUACCACAAAUUGAGAAACCAGCUGAUUGUGAGACCAAUUGCGAGUCUCCGGCAAAAAAGCCAAAAUUGAGUUCUGGAGACGACAAGAAACUGAAGAAACAAUCAGAUUUACUCUUCAAAUAUCAAGAGUUUUUGAAAUCAAUGAAAAAACAAGAUUUGAUUGAACUCAUGGAAUAUAAUAAGAUUGAGGUUCCAGAAGGUAUGCCAUCAAAGUUUGAGCGCACGGCUGACGCCAUGACUUUUGGUGUACCAAACAAAUGUCCCGAAUGUAAGAAAGGACAACUUGUGUUUAGAAUAACUGGUUAUAUAUGUACGGGAAAUGUUGAUCAGUGGACCAAAUGUUCGUACCAGACAACAGAUCAACCAAAGAGAAAACCAUUUAAAGUUCCCAAAGAGAUGGUUGAAGAAUAUGACUUUUUGGCUGAUUAUAAAUUCAAAGAAAGAGAUAGAAUAUACAAUUUAGUGCUCAAACAUGCGAUGGAAAAUAUAAAGCCUUCUACUUCUAGUGCCACCGAUUUAUUGCCGAAGAAAGAGGAGACAAAUGGAAAAGUCAUUUCCAAACUAAGCGGUUAUAACUUUGCGAGUAUUGGCAAAACAAAAACAUUAAAAUCAACUCUUAAACAGCGAUUCACAAAAUUAGGCGCAAAGCUUAUCGAUCAAAUCGACAGAACAGUUCUCUGUAUUAUCUCAACAAAAGCCGAAUUUGAUAAACAAAAGGAUAAAAUAAUUGCAGCCAAAGAGUUAUCCAUUCCUAUUGUAACUGAAGAGGCUUUGGUUGCUUUUGAAGACAACGCAGAACCCGUUCAGGCCAUUAGUCUCAACCGAGUGGAUGACUUUGAGGUCGACAUUGAGAAACGUUAUACAAAUCUUAAUGUUAAAGAAAAAAUGAAGUCUGCUUUCAAGUCUGGCGUUAAAUCAGGAAGUUUUGAAAAAAGCGGUAAACAAAAAAUGAUUCUUAAAGAUGGAAAUGUUGUGGACCCGGAUUGUGAAGUCGCGGAAGUGACACAUAUUUAUAAAGAUGGAAAAGACAUUUAUAGUGUUGUCUUAAGCAAAGUGGAUGUCUCUAAAAACAAAAAUUCAUUUUAUAAGCUUCAACUUUUGGAACACGACACCAAAAAAGGAAAAUACUUUGUGUACCGAUCCUGGGGUCGAGUGGGCACAACCAUUGGUGGCAAUACUUUAGAAAAAUUCUCAAAAGUAUCCGAUGCUCUUGACUUCUUUGAAGAUAACUAUAAAGAGAAAACUGGAAACGAUUGGAACAAAAGACAUAAAUUUAAGAAAAAUCCGGAUUUAUAUUAUCCGGUUGACAUCGAUUACGGCGGCGAUCAAACUGAACAGUUUGUCAAACUAGAAGUCGGAAAUAACUCAAAACUUUCUAAAGAAAUUCAAGACUUCAUUUGUAAUAUAUUUGAUGUCCAGAAGAUGAAGGAACAGAUGCUUGAGUUUGAACUUGACUUAGAAAAGAUGCCGUUGGGAAAGCUCUCGAAGAAACAACUCUUAAAUGCCUGUUCAGUGCUCAAGGAGUUGAGUCAAUUGAUUGAUGUUAAACCUCCGAAUAUGAACAAACUGAAGACAGCCACUAAUAAAUUCUUCACUUUAGUUCCACAUAACUUUGGCACUGAUAAGCCACCACUUAUUGACAAUGAAGAGAUGAUCAAAACAAAGAUGGAAAUGUUAGACACACUAUUGGAUAUAGAGAUGGCUUAUGAUAUGAUUUCAACGAAUGGAGAAAAGGUUAUCGAAGAAGAUCCUAUUGAUCAUCAUUACAAGAAAUUGAAUACAAAAUUAGAAGUUUUAACUAAAGAUCUCGAAGAAUACACUAUAAUUGAAAAGUAUUUGAAGAACACUCAUGGAUCUACUCAUCAUUUCAAUCUUGAAAUUAUUGAUAUCAUGAAAGUUGAGCGAAACGGAGAAAUCGAUAAAUAUGCCAAAUGGAAACAUAUUGAGAAUAGGAUGUUAUUAUGGCACGGAUCAAGAGUUACUAACUUUGCUGGCAUUUUGUCACAAGGCUUGAGGAUUGCACCUCCAGAAGCACCAGUAACUGGCUAUAUGUUUGGCAAAGGCAUCUACUUUGCAGAUAUGGUUACCAAAAGUGCCGGUUAUUGUCACUCUCAGGCUAACAAAAAUAUUGGUUAUUUGUUGUUAAGCGAAGUAGCUAUUGGAGAGCCAUGGGAAUUAAAAGAUGCUAAAGAUGUCAAAAAACUACCGAAAGGUAAGCACAGUGUCAAAGGUAUCGGUGAGACAGAGCCCGAUCCCAAUGAGAUUCAUGUUUUACCCGAUGGCUUGAAAGUACCGCUCGGAAAGGGAGUCAAAGCCAAAGAUAAGACAUCACUUCUUUAUAAUGAGUAUAUUGUUUAUGAUGUAAAUCAGGUUAACAUUAAAUACCUCUUGAAAUGCAAAUUUAAUUCAAAUAUGUUCUAA